AUGGCAAGUACGUUUACAUUCGUCGAUGAUCUCAUACGAGAUUAUCUGAAUUAUCGAGGAUUGACAACCACAUUGCGAACGUUCGAUAAUGAAGUAUCGAAAAUUCCAAUUGGACAGUUCCGUGCUGAUCGUAUUGUAGAACAGCUAACACUAUAUAUCCAUCAAUUCGAUAUCAAUAGUUUGAUCGAUUAUUGGACACAAAUAGAGCAGCGUUUGUUUCCAACAUUGAUUGUUCGCUCUCAGCAACAAACUAAUGCUUUAUUGAAGGCUCGUACGAAUUUAUAUCGUUGUUAUUUGAUUCAUGCGAUUCAAUCGUCGAAAACUGAUAAAGUUCAUGAAUUUUUCGAACGCUUGUCGAAAGUCUUACAACAAUCGAAUGAUUGGACAAAGGAAUGGUUCGCAUUGCCAUUCAUUCGCAAUCCGGAGGAGAAUUCCACGUUUCAAUUGUAUUUCUCCAAGCAAUGGAAUGACCUUUUCUGGAUUUCUUUACAAAAUUUUCUAUCAACUGCAUUCUAUCAUAUGACACCGCCAAAGAUCUGCUCAAUAGAAGAGAGUAAUUCACAGCAGUUCGGUAAUUUAAUUAGUCAACAAGCAUCGAGUCCAAAAACGUUACUUCCACCAUCCGCACGUAUCGAUUCGACUAUAAAUCAAUUUGUUGAUGUGCUCGAUGAAAUUCAAAUAUCACCCAGUGCAUCCAGUACCGAACAACAACGUCAAGCCAAUUCAACGAUCAUAUCGAAAUUUCGAAGUAGCUUUUUACCAAACACCAAGCACAUAACAUCACGCAAUAAACUACCUUCGUUUUCAACAGCAUCGAAAGCAAGUUUCUCUCAACCCUCACAGGAAUCAACCACAGGCAAUCAAAUCUUACUGACAACCGACGAGUCAAUCACACCUAAAGUACUACCAGUAUCAACGACAACAACUUCGCUUUUAGCUACACGACCGAAAUCAGCAACGUUUGUUCAAAAUGAUGCGCAUAUUGACGCUGAUGACGAAAGGCUCAUUCAUAUAGCAGAAUUGAAACAUCAUUCAAAUACAAUCGUCGAUUGUAAAUUAAGCACGGAUGGUUUAUUCUAUUCGACGCUUGAUGUUCAAAGUCAAGUGAAAAUUUGGUCAACUACGGAUGAGUUCGAUAUUGUUACUUCCUUAUCAUCUCGUUCAGCUCUUCAAUGUCAAGCAUUCGAUACGCAAGAACCAUUACUUUAUCUUGGAACAUCAGUAUCAACGAUCAAAGUUCUGCAUAUUACAGAAAAACGUAUCAUCAACGAAGCAAUCAUAGAUAAAAGCUAUCCAAGAGUAAUGCACCUUCUUCCACACACUGCUCAAAAUCGAUUAUUUGUUUCGUUGGCUAGUACAAGUCGAUUGAAUACUACGGAUAACAUUCGAAUACGUUCUGGUCGUGUUUUGCUUCUUGAUGUGAAUGCAUGGUCAGUGGAACGUGCAUUAGCUGAAGAUGAAGAAAACUUCGUGACAUGUAUGAAUGUGCAUCGAGAAAAACAAUUGCUCGUUCUCGGCUUCAAUGACGGAAAAGUAGCUUUGUACGAUAUUCGUUCCAAUACUGUUAUUCAUCAAAAGCAACAACAUACACGAUUGGUUCAAGAUAUACACUUCAUAAAUGAUGAUGUAUACUCGAUUGGCAAUGAUAAUAUUCUUCAUCAAUCGAAUUUAUCUGCAUUUGAUCAAUUGGUACAAUCUUAUGAAUUGCCUUAUUCAGCUGUGGGACCAUUUCAAGCUUCUACUAGCACAUUAUCAAAUGACAAUCAGACUCCAUUAUUAUCUGCUCAACGAGUAUUUUCAUUCGAUAAUAAUAAUAGCUUCUUUCCAAUUGGUAGUGUUUUCGAUAUUGAUCCAUAUAAUUCUGAUCGUCUGAUAACAUGUAGUCCACAAUAUGCACGUUUUUAUCGUUUGUCAACUGGUGAUGAAGAUGAUAAACUGCAGUUUCCAACAGUAAUUAAUACUUCUACAGUGAAUUCGGAUUUUACCUUUCCAAGUUCAUGUGUACAUUGGAAUAAAGAAAAGGACAUGUGUAUGACAUCCUAUACCAAUGGAAUCAUUCAUUUAUAUAAGCGAAUCAAUAGACCUGAUAAUUAA